AUGACAACUCAUUUUACUCCUCAACAAAAUGGUGUGUCCGAAAGAAAGAACCGACAAUUGCUUGAAGUUGCUCGCUCACUCAUAUUGGAUAUGUCUAUUCCCCAUCAUCUUUGGGGGCAUGCUGUUCUGUCUGCUGCCUAUUUGAUUAAUCGUACUCCUAGCCGGGUUCUUGAUUUCAAGACUCCGCAUGAUGUGUUUGCUAAUCAGGUUUCCCCUGUCUCAGCCUCCAAGUUGCCCCCUAAAGUUUUUGGGUGUGUUGCUUAUGUUCAUGUCUACUCUCAUCAACAGAGGGAGAGGGGGAGUGAAUUGGAGAGUCUUAGAUUGGAGAAUCUUGGACUUGAAUUGGAGAAUAAUGUGUUUGAAGAUACUAUUCUUGAGAAGGAAAUGACUAGUCGCACUGAAGCAAGCGACCGGUCGCCCAUAUUUGAAGAAGAAACAUGUGGUCUAUGUGAAGAAAUGACUGGACACCCUUUGGAACUCGACCAGUCACCUAUAUCUGGAGAUGAAGUAGGUGUUCUCGGUGUCGAAACGACCGGUCGCAUUGAAACAAGUGGCCAGUCGACUGUAUCUGAAAAUAGUGACAGUGAUUCUUGUAUGGAUGAGGUCGAUGCAAUAGCCCCAUCUGCCUUGCUAGUGCCCCAAUUUACUCGUGAUAGUGAAUCAAGUGAGCUGUAUGAUGAUUUAUCUAACCCCAAAUGGAUGGAUGCCAUGAAUGCUGAAAUGGAUGCCUUGAACAAGUGUAAAACAUGGGAUUUAGUUCCUUUGUCACGAAGGAAGAAAGCUGUUGAGGAGAUUUACAUGGAUCUCUCUCCUGGUAUUCAUGUAACCUCUAAGGAAGGUGUUGUGUGUAAGCUGCGAAAGUUAUUAUAUGGAUUGAAGCGGUCUCCAAGAGCAUGGUUUGGGAGAUUUACAGCAUCUAUGAAGAAAUUUGGGUAUGUGCAGAGUAACUUAGACCAUACUUUGUUUCUAAAGCGUCAUAAAGGUAAAUGGACAACUUUAAUUAUUUAUGUUGAUGAUAUGAUUGCGCCUGGAGAUGAUCAGGUAGAAAUGCAAAAUCUUCAGAAGUAUUUGGCUUCCGAGUCUGAGAUGAAGUCAUUGGGUGAUUUGAAAUAUUUUCUUGGGAUUGAAGUUGCUAGAUAUAAACAUGCGAGUGUAGUGAGUCAAUUUAUGCAUUCUCUUAGUGAAGAUCAUAUGGGUACUGUGAUGCGCAUUUUGAGGUCUCUGAAAGUAACUCUUGGCAAGAGGUUAAUGUUUUGCAAAUAUGGGCAUACAGAUGUGGAAGGGUAUACAGAUGCUAAUUGGGCUGGUUCAAUCACUGAUAGACAUUCUACGUCUGGGUAUUUCACAUUUGUUGGUGGUAGUCUUGUUACUUGA